AUGGCGUCGUCUACGAGCGCUAUCUGCUGCCCCGCCCUGCUGCUGACGCUCUUGGUCCUCAUCACGGUGGCACGCCGUGCCGACGCCAGCGCCGUGUUCGCCGGCCUGUCCUUCGAGAGCCCAGGUGAGGCGGAGGCCUUCGAGGACGCGCUGCUGCGCCAGGCCUGCGUCAACGUUUCGUUCUUGUCGGGUGGCCGCGAGGCCUGCGCGUCGCGGCUCGACACGGCCCGCGGCGGCGCGGGGAGCGGCCCCGUGCCCGUCCUCCGCGCCGCGCUCCGCGACACGCUCGGCGAGGCCGUGGGCGCCGUGGGCUCCGUCCGCGGGCUCGCCUCGCUGUCCAACCUCGCGCGCGAGGAGAUUGCGGUGCGUGACUGCGUCGAGCUGCUGGGAUACUCCGUCGACGAGCUCGGGUGGGCGCUGGACGCCAUGGCCGACACCGACACCGACGGCGGCGGCGGCGGCUCGGCGGCACGCCGCGCCGAGGACGACCUCCACGCGUGGCUGAGCGCGGCGCUGGGCAACCAGGACACCUGCGUGGAGGGCUUCCACGGCACCGACGGCCGCCUGCUGCGCCGCGUCGAGGCCGCCGUAGCGCAGCUCACGCAGCUGGUCAGCAACCUCCUCGCCAUGCACAAGCGCCUGCGCAGCAUCACGCCGCUGCUGCACCAUGGGCCUCCCAAUAAAAACAACGGCACCUCCGGCGGCGCCGGCGACGAGCUACCGCCGUGGGUGACGGACAUCGAGGUCGACGGCGGCGACAAGGUCGAGGAGGAGGUCGUCGCCAAGCGCGCCCGCGCCGGCAGGAUGUCGUCGACGCGCGUGGACGUCGUGGUGGCGCAGGACGGCAGCGGGCGCUACCGCACCGUCAGCGAGGCGGUGGCACGGGCGCCGAACCACAGCAAGAGGAAGUACGUGAUCUACGUGAAGCGAGGGGUGUACCACGAGAACGUGGAGGUGAGGAAGAAGAAGACCAACAUCGUCAUCGUCGGCGAGGGCAUGGGCGAGACGGUGAUCUCCGGCAGCCGCAGCUUCUCCAGUGGCUGGACCACCUUCCGCAGCGCCACCUUCGCGGUGUCCGGCGCCGGGUUCAUCGCGCGGGACCUGACGUUCCGGAACACGGCGGGGCCGGCGGCGCACCAGGCGGUGGCGCUGCGCGUGGACUCGGACCGCUCCGCCUUCUUCCGCGUGGCCGUGGAGGGGCACCAGGACACGCUGUACGCGCACUCGCUCCGGCAGCUCUACCGCGACUGCCGCAUCGCCGGCACCGUGGACUUCGUCUUCGGCAACGGCAUCGUCGUGGUGCAGCGCAGCCUCGUGGCCACGCUGCCCCUGGCGCCCGGCCAGACGGGGAGCGUCACCGCGCAGGGCCGCAAGGACCCCAACCAGAACACGGGCUUCUCCUUCCACGGCUGCGUGGUGGAGGGCAAGUACCCGACGUAUCUGGGCCGCCCGUGGAAGCCCUUCUCGCGGGUCGUCGUGAUGGAGUCCUACCUGGGCCCUGGCAUUCAGGCCCGCGGGUGGCUCGAGUGGGCCGCUGCUGGCUCAGGGGACCACAGCCCGGGCCUCGCCACGCUGUUCUACGGAGAGUACAAGAACUACGGGCCCGGGGCGGGCGUCGCGGGCCGAGUGAAGUGGCCCGGCUACCACGUGAUCAUGGACGCCGCCGUCGCCAGCCGGUUCACCGUCAGGCGAUUCAUCGACGGGCUCGCGUGGCUGCCCGGCACCGGCAUCACCUUCACGGCCGAUCUGUUCAGGAAAUGA